CAGGGAACGACGAAGAACCAAAUCCAAGAUCCCUUUUCCGAACAGAAGAAACGCGACGAACCACAAGCUUGUACUGGUACGGGCAACACCAUGUGCCUGUAGCAACAAUGGCACUUCUACAACUACUGUUGUCUGUUGUAGCAGCCGAUACAGCAAACCAACAACGGUUUCACAUUUACAGAUACAGAUACAGAUACAGAUACGGGGCAUGGGUGGCUAGUCAAAUCGUUACGUUCGGGCCAGAAAUCGAUGAGGCUCGAAGUACUACUACUAGUACUAGUAUGGUACUAGUCUUUCCGCAACACAAAAGCUCGGCAAAUGCAAAUCCGAAUCCAAAUCCGUGCAUCGGGCGGCGUUUGCGGUUUGUCCGGCCGUCCCCUUCCAGGGGCACGACCGACGGGCACGGCACACGGCGAGAAACGAAACCCUUUCGGAGAGGCAGCAGGCAGGAACGGAACGGAUCGGAACGGAACGAUCCUUUCGGGAGACCUUCGGGGCGGUCCGCUCUCUUGCCGAAAUAGAAAAAAAGAAAACCAACUCUUUCGGUUGGGAGAAGGUGGUGUUCGGGACCGUCCCCGCCGGGUGGCCGUGACUGCAAAGGCACCAUGGUUUGCAAAUGGCUGGCUGGCUGGCUGGCUUGGUUACGGCAAUGCUAUCUUUCCUUCCCGGCGUUCCGUUCCGGAUUCGAUUGGAUUGGAUUGGAUUGGAUUGGAUCCACGCUCACGAGACGCUCGAACCGAGCCGCUGUUUCGGAACGUAUCGCUCCGGUUCGUAGGGGCUUCUGGCAACGGUCGGCAUCUCCUCCGGUCGCGGAUCCGGGUCGCGGUGUGUGGUCAGGGGAACGAUGGACCUUCUUCCGAGCCGCACGGCGGUGCAGACUCCGUUUUCGUUUUCGUGUUUGUGUUUGUGUUCGGCUGCCUCGCUGGGUGUCGAAAAAGCAGGGGGGUGGCCGGAAGCUUUUUCGGCGGGCAAGCCGGCCCUUUCGUCGGUGCCCCCCAUGGCGCGUUUGCCUUUCGUUCCCGACGAGGGAACCCUUCGGUGGCACAGGAGAAAGACCUCCGAUCCCGACGCCAGAGGUCCACUCUGCUCCUCCCCUUCCUCCCCACGGUUUCUGCCGACGACGAGGAAAAAACGAUCCUUCUUUCGGGCGACCGCCCGGAUGUCUCUCCCCUCGGCCCCGGCCCUCUGGGCCAUGCUUCGAAAGACGCCUUCGCUUUCUUCGUUCAGAUCGUAACGGAUCUGCUCACCGCUGCCGGAGCCCACCAGAAUGUGGGCGGAAGCAGCCCCUUGGUCCGGGUGCGGAAGCACAAAGGCCAGCGUGGUUGGACUUCGGUGUUUUGUCUCGCUCGGUUCGCCGCCUUUGGGGGGACCGCUCUUGCGCUUGUUCGCUCCCGGAAAGGCCCGUGGCGAAAGAGGAAGGGCUCCGACGCGACCGACCGCGGGCGGGAAGGGGUGGCCGGCGUGUUCCGGAGAAAGGCCUCCCAUCGCGACCAGGAGGAAGAAGAAGAACCCCCCGAGCAGCAAAAGGGGGUAGGAAACCAUCGGAAGGGUCAUCGAAUGCUUGCCGCCGCUUGCGCUGGUGGCAGUGGCAGUGGCAAUGGCGUUUCGGAGCCAGGACGAACGCCCGCGGUGCUUGGCUUUGGCGGUGGAGCUCUGGUAGAGCACGUGCAGGCACGACAGGUGCCGGAAGUUGUGGUGGCAGCCAACGGUGGCCUGGUGGUUCCUGCGAUGGACCGGUGCUCGCUGCUGUUGCUGGUUCUUGCCCCACUUCCCUGCCUUGUUGUUGCUUGACUCCUCACGGUGCAACUGAUGCGUCUGUUGCGUCUGUUGGUCUUUUUGCUCCUUGCGUGGUGUUCGUUGCUUUUGCAGGUGAGGACGCCGACGAGGUUGCUGGGACGUAUGGGAGGGAUGCCAUGGUGGGAUGAGAUCCGCCCGGACGACAAGCGCGGAAUCCGGAUCGACGGGAUGCAGCAGUGGUUCGGCGACGGUGACAACAAGGAGUUCUCUGCCCUCAAAUGCGACCGUUGUCUUGCCCGGUGGUGGUGCCGCGGGCCGGUGUCUUGCGGCUCUGGUUCGGUGCUGCCCGCGGGUUUCGUUCGCGGACUCGCAGGAGUGAGAGGUUCCGGGUGUGUCGUUCGAAGAGAAAUCACGCGAUGGAGCUGGUGGCGACGAUGGCAGUGGCAAGGAUAGUGCUGAAGACGAUGCUCCUGUUUUUGAUUCGUAUGAUCCGGAGUGAUCGGGAUAGCUCGGUGGAGAUUUCUCGGCGAUUGACCAAGUGUUGUUGCUAUUGAUUCCCGAGCGAUCCGCAGUAGCACUCAUUGUUGCCUGUCGUUUUAGUUAGUGAGGCUGAGAUGGGUUGGGUUUUGGACUUAGCGCUGGCUUUGUGUCUUGCAAUAUCGGAUCCAAGGGGCCGUCGAGUAAUGCAACCGCGAUGAUGCGAUGCAAUGACAUUAUGACACAACACACGAUGAAGAUGAAGAUGAAGAUGAGCGAAAAAAGGACAUGGUGUCUCGGAUGCGCGCUAGUAGGUUGACCACCUGCCCCUUUUUAGGCAUUUAAUUUUGUUGAUACCUCGGGACUAUGAUAUUUCAMCUCCCACUUCGUUCUUGGUCCCUCGUAGUCUUAAAUGGGAUUGGUAGGCGUGGAUUUGACGGGUUUGGUGUCGGACGAAAAAAGGGAGGAAUUGCUUGGUGAUAACAGAGAUUGCGAUUUUCUUCUAUCCGUAAAAAAUAUCAGUUGACUUUGUACCAUCCAGAAUUAGAGUUCGUCUACUACGGUAUGCAAUAUACCUUGUCAUCUGUUUUUAGUGGGGUAAUAAGCCUUUUCAAAAAAU